AUGUCUACACAAGAUAUCCAUAAACUUUCUUCUGUGUUACGAUCCAUUGAAAUAAUUGAAGAGAAAACAAAUAUAUUACAUUCUCAAUAUGCAGAAUCGCUAAAUGAAACUGAUAAUCAACAUUCGAUAAUAAUCGAUGAUUCAAAUAUUCAUUUACAAUUAUUCUUUCAACAUUUUGAGCAGUUAUUACAACUUGACAUCAAAAAUCGAAAAUCUUUAUUAAAUACUACUAGUAAUAAGCAAAGUUAUUGGAAUUUUUUUUCUGUCGCACUCAAAGAAAGCAAAGCUCUAUACGACACCGUUUUAUAUGUUCUUAAUAGUCAAGAAGUAAAAACUUCUACUGGUCGUGGACGUUUAUUUCUUCGUUUUUGUUUACAAAAUCAUCGUUUAGGCGAUGUCGUUCAACAUAGUUUCAUGAUGACAAAAACUGUCAACCAAUUUUAUAUCGAUGAAUGUUUCUGGACUACACCAUCAUAUAUGAAUCGUAUUGUUCAAGCUUUAUACCAAUUAAAUGAUCUUCGAUAUGAUCUUCUUUCGAAAGCACACUAUCAACUUGAUAUUUGUUGGCCAACAGCCGAAUCAACUGAACAUCGUCCAAAAACAUUAUCCGAUGCUGCAUCAAGAAUGAGAAAUAUUAGUGUGUCAAGUCUUAUAUCAAUGAGUAGUGUUGAUUCUCAAUCCAUCGUUUCAGUUCUUCCAAAUACUUCAACUACAAUUCCAAUCUUACCAACCAUUUUUCAUAAUCUAGAAUCAUCAAUCAAUGAUGGCAGCGCAGCACAAUCACUUUCAUCUGUUGAUGAAGAUCCUGAAAAUACGAUAAUUUAUUGGAAACAAAAAUAUCAUGAAUUAGAAAUGCAACUACAAACUCAACAUCCAUCGAAUGAUGUUGAAAUUCAAUGUUCUUCGAAUGAAAAUGGUAAUUCUCAUGAAUCGACCGAUAAGGAAACAGUCGAUAAAUUAAAUAGUGAAAAUGAAAAAUUACAAAUUCAAAUAAAUUCACUAAAUGAAGAAAUAAGUAAUCUCAAUCUUCAACUUUUGUCUGCUUUCACUGAGCCUUCAACAACAACAACAACAGAUACAAUGAAAGAUUAUGAAAGUCAGCUAGCCCAAUACCAAUCAGAGAUCGAAAAUAAAGAUAUUCUUAUCAAUGAAUUGCAACAAAAAUAUGCUGAACAAACGCAGGAAUUACAAUUGAUGCAAGAACAAAAUUUAUCGUAUUCAAAUGAGCAAAACCAACAAAUUGAAUUAUUAAAAAUUGAACUUGAAAAAUCAAAAAAUUUACUUGAAGAUGAACGACUAUUAAUGGAAAAUGAACGAAACAAGCGCAACACUAUUCAAGAAAAGUUAGAGAUUACACUACAAGAAAGAACACUUGAUUUUGAAGAAAUGAAACGUCGACUGGUGAAAGCUGUUCGAGAAAAAGCGGAAUUAUUCGAUACUAUGCAUUCGUACGAAAUAAAACUUGAAGAACAACAAGCAAAAAAAUGGGUUCCCGAUGAAGAAGUUUUGAAUUGUACGGAAUGUAAUAUAGUAUUUGGAUGGACCGUAAGAAAACAUCAUUGCCGACAUUGUCAAAAAAUAUUUUGUUACAAUUGUUCAAAUAAUUGGAUACAAGGUCCAAAAGCAAAUUCUCCACAAUGUCGUGUAUGUGAUCAAUGUAAUGAAAUAUUGUUGAAAGAAUCUCUUAUGCCUAAUGGUAUAACACAAAAUCAUGUAAUAGGUGAUCAGGAAAUAAAAGAGGAUAUCGAUCUUCAUUUUGAAGUUCGAGCAGAAUGUUUACCAACAACAACAACAACAACAGAUAUUCAAUCAACAUCUUAG